ACACUAUCUUCUGCUUUGGUGUACAGUACGAAUACCUUGCGGGAUUUCAUAUAAGCCUACAACGAACAGGUCUGCUAUAAAGAUGCAACAACAGUUGGGAGGUUUGCUUGGGCUUCCCAUCUCUUCUGAUUUAACAAAAGAGCAAAGAAAGCAGCUCUGUGACCUGCUUGGAAAUGUGGAUCUGUCUCUUCUCUAUAAAGCUUCUGUUCAUGGAUAUAAAGCUUCUAUUUUCCAUAAGAGAUGCGACAAUGAGGGUCCCACCUUACUAGUAGCCUACAACCGUUCAGGCUAUAUCUUUGGUGGAUACACUAGUGUACAUUAUGCUCAAAGUGGGCAAUAUCUUGCUGACAACGAAGCUUUCCUGUUCACCUUUCAAGGCAAGAUCCCUGUCUACACCAAAGUUAACAGUGGAUGUUAUGCACGUCAUGAUAGUGGAGGAUCUCCCAACUUUGGUGGGCAGUUGUACUUCUGUUACAACAACCAACCAGAGGUUCUUAUUAAAAAAGGGACAUCAUUCAGCUUCAAUGCUGAAAGACUGUUUGGAAAUGACCGUGACCUGACUGAAUGUGAGGUGUAUAAAGUCGAACAGAACCUUGUGACCAAGGAGAAGCCAUGGAGGAAUAUUUCCUGGACAUCAAUACGAAGAGAGGAGCUCAUGAAAAUGAUCAGGAGUUAUAAACCCCUGGUGACGUCUGUCAGCCGUGCUCGUAUUCUGAUGAUUGGUCCUGUGGGUGCUGGAAAAUCCAGUUUCUUCAACUCCAUUAACUCAGUUUUCACUGGUCAUGUGACCAACAAAGCCAUCUCAGGAUUUGCAGGAACGAGUGUCACCACACAGUUUCGCACAUACCCAGUUAAAGACGGUCGAGAAGGAAAGCCAUUGCCAUUUGUGUUGUGUGACACCAUGGGCCUCGAAGAGCAAUCAGGAGCAGGACUGGACAUUGAGGACAUCAGCAGCAUUCUUCAAGGACAAAUACCAGACCGCUAUAAAUUCAACCCUGGAGCACCAUUUCAACCUGAUGAGCAGAAGUCCUCCAGUCCUGCGUCUCUCCAGGAGAAGAUCCACUGUGUGGUGUACGUGAUCGACGCCAGUAAAAUCUCCCUUAUGUCCGACAAACUUGAAGAAAAGCUGGCUCUGAUGCGUAGAGAAAUAAACUCACUGGGCAUUCCCCAAAUGGUCGUGAUGACAAAAGUAGAUGAAGCUUGUCCUCAUGUGGAGAAGGACCUUUACAAAAUCUAUCUCAGUUCCUACAUCAAGUCAAAGGUGCAGGAGGUGAGCUCUCGGUUGGGUGUGCCGGUGUCUUGUGUUUUACCGGUGAAGAACUACAGUCAGGAGCUGGAGCUGGAGCUCAACUGUGAUGUCCUGCUUCUCACCGCUCUACAGCAGAUGCUCAACUUUGCUGAAGACUACCUGGACGAUGUUGCUCCUAUGUAGAAGAGAUUGUACAAAGGCUGUUACUCUGUUGUGUGUUCAUUCUUUCAGAACUGUCUAUACUCAUACAAGAAUAUGAUAGAAAAGACAAAUAAAGUUCUUGUUUUACUUCAG